CCCGCCCCGCCCCGGCCCCGCUCCGGCCUGGCCCUGCCGCCCGCCGCCGCCGCCCUCCUGCGCGCCGCGCCCCGCCUCGCCGGCCUCCCGCGCCGGCCCCGCGCCCUCCUCCUCCUCCUGCUGCAGCCGCCGCCCGGCGCCGCCAUGCCCGGCCCGGCCGCCGGCAGCCGGGCGCGGGUGUACGCGGAGGUGAACAGCCUGAGGAGCCGCGAGUACUGGGACUACGAGUCGCACGUCCCGAGCUGGGGCAAUCAGGACGACUACCAGCUGGUUCGAAAACUCGGCCGAGGGAAGUACAGCGAGGUCUUUGAGGCCAUCAACAUCACCAACAACGAGAGGGUCGUCGUGAAGAUCCUCAAGCCAGUGAAGAAAAAGAAGAUAAAACGCGAGGUUAAGAUUCUGGAGAAUCUCCGUGGUGGCACCAACAUCAUUAACCUGAUUGACACUGUCAAGGAUCCAGUGUCAAAGACCCCUGCUCUGGUGUUUGAGUACAUCAAUAACACAGAUUUUAAGCAACUGUACCAGAUCCUGACAGACUUUGAUAUUCGGUUUUAUAUGUAUGAGCUGCUUAAGGCCCUGGAUUACUGUCACAGCAUGGGAAUCAUGCACAGGGAUGUCAAACCCCACAACGUCAUGAUAGACCACCAACAGAAAAAGCUGCGGCUCAUAGACUGGGGUCUGGCCGAGUUCUACCAUCCAGCUCAGGAAUACAAUGUCCGUGUGGCCUCUAGGUACUUCAAAGGACCAGAGCUCCUUGUGGACUACCAAAUGUAUGACUACAGCUUAGACAUGUGGAGUUUAGGCUGUAUGCUGGCAAGCAUGAUCUUCCGAAAGGAGCCCUUCUUCCACGGCCAGGACAAUUAUGACCAACUGGUUCGCAUUGCAAAGGUCCUGGGCACAGAUGAGCUGUAUGGGUAUCUCAAGAAGUACCACAUAGAACUGGACCCGCACUUCAACGACAUCCUGGGCCAGCAUUCCCGGAAGCGCUGGGAGAACUUCAUCCACAGUGAGAACAGACACCUGGUCAGUCCUGAAGUCCUUGACCUCCUGGACAAGCUGCUGCGAUACGACCAUCAACAAAGGCUGACUGCCAAGGAGGCCAUGGAGCACCCCUAUUUCUAUCCAGUGGUGAAGGAGCAGUCCCAGCCCAGCUCAGAAAACGCUGUGCUCUCCAGUGGCAUGACAACAGCACGAUGAGGACUGGAAAACGACGGGUCCGAUGCUGUUGCUCCCAAUUUUCCAUAAGCAGAAUGAGAACCAAAUCAAACGUCCCAUCGGCGCGGUAGAGCGACGGCGGGCGGACUGCGCGGCGCGGGCAGGGCUCAGAGCGGGCACACGCCUGGCUGGACGGCACUCGCCUCGCUAUGACCGCGGCCCUCCCCUCCGAGUGUUAAAGGUUCUUCUGCCUCUGUUUCCUUGUUGAGCUCUUCCAGACCCAGAAAGCGUGGAAAUGUGAAGGGUGUGCAAAGCAGUUGUUGGUUAGUCGUUCCUUCCUCUGUUCCAGCUGUUCCCCCCCAGCCUCUGAUGGACCAUGGUUAGCCAGCUUGUGCCUGUCUCUACCAGGACAUGGGGGUUGCAGGGGACGUAGUAGCGUGAUGGACAGUUCUAUACUAUAAUUAAAAGAAUUCUAUAUUGUUGAAUAAAAGUUUUAAAAGAA